AUGAGUCAACGACCUGAUCAGAGCGCUAGCGAUGCAGCACAGCAGCAACAAUCUUCGUCCUUUGCACCACCGGCUGCAUCAGCCGCACGCACUCAUCUGUGGUUUGAAGAGACAACCGUCGUGCCCCAAGCCUUUCGUACGUUGCUGGUGGAGUACAGCCAUAUCCUGCCCGAGGAGGUUGAAGAACAUGUCAUCCGUGUGCGUAACCGUGCCUGGGCCGUCCACCCUUAUCCAUGUCUAGGCCAGUUCCGCUUCCUCGAACUUAAUCUCUCGCAACGACCAGGCGACCUUUACGCCCGCCUGCUAUCCAUUCUCACCGCCACCGACAAAAACUCAGGCACCCCGCUCUUCCUGGACGUGGGUGCCUGUCUGGGCCAGGACAUUCGCAAAUUGAUUUACGACGGCGCCCCGCCCGCAACCGUUGCUGGCGCUGAGCUGUCAGGUACCUUCAUCGAGCUGGGUUAUGAGCUCUUCCGCGAUUCCUACUCGUCUCAGGCCGACAUCCUCGCGCCCCUUGGUGGGGAGGCAAGUCCGUUGGCGCAGUUCCAGGCGAGACUCGAGGUCGUUCAGCUGGGCAUGAUUCUACACCUGUUCAGCUGGGAGGAACAGGUGACCGCCUUCAAAAACGCCAUCAGCUUGUUAAAGGACAAGAAUGGUGUGUUGAUCAUUGGGCAGGCGACGGGAAAUGUAGAUGGAGUGGAAACUCGGACGCUGGCUCCUAGAGGUGGAGACAGGACGACGUGGAAACAUAAUGUGCAGAGCUUCCAGAGGCUUGUAAAAGACGUGGAGAGCAGGACGGGGACGAGGUGGGAGGUUAAGGCGGAGCUGGAUGAAGGGCUGAGCGUCAAUGAUGGGAAAAGGUCGUGGGAUGAUCCGAGGACGAGGAGGCUGCUGUUUGAGAUAGUGCGGGUGGAAUGA